CCACAAUGCAUCCCUUGAAAACGGUUCCUAGCUGGAAAUACUACUUUGCCGCACAUCAUCCAGACGUCCAUUUACAUCACCUAGCCUCACCUAGCUACAGAUUGCUGCCAUGGCUCGUGUUAAAAGUUGCCUUUCUGUUCUGCUGCUAUUCCUUGCUGAGGGGCUCUCUCAGCUGGUGAGAACACAGCAGGUUGUCACAGCAACCCUGGGAGAAGAUGCAGUCUUAAACUGUGAGCUCAUGACACCCAAAGACGUGCGGCAAGUCACCUGGCAAAAAGUGACACCUGGAGCGAUUGAAAAUGUGGCCACCUACAGUAAACGCGGUCCUAAUGUCAACCCACCUUUUAAGGGGAAAGUGGAGUUUGAAGACGAGGGACUGCAGAACUGCUCUAUCAUCAUCAGAGGAGUGUCAAGAGGAGAUGAGUCCUGCUACAAGUGUCUGUUUAACACCUUUCCAGAUGGACCUAUCAGUGGAAGGACCUGCCUCCAAGUCAAUGAGCUGUAUGGACCCUCACUCCUCAUCACACAAACCAACAACAGUCACACCACUCUGUCCUGUUCUGCUACUGGACGACCUGCUCCUAUAGUGACCUGGGAAGACACAGAAAUUCUAGAAAAUUCCACAAUGGCCAAUGUCACCCAUCCCAAUGGAACUGUCAGUGUCACCAUAACUUCCAUGCUGGCAGCAUUCAGUCUACCUGACAAAGACACGAGGGUUGGCUGUAUGGUUUCACUGUUCUCUGUAGGUGUCACCAAGAACAUAUCCAUGGUUAUUCCAGCUAGAACUCAAGCUCCAUUUGCUGGUCUACCUAAGGUCACUGAUGGUGACAGGAUCAGUGGUAAGACAACAGUGAUUGCUGCAGUGAUGGGUUCUCUGUGUUUCAUUGCUGUGUGCUGUGGAGCUGUGGCACUGUGGUGGUGCAAACUGAGAAAUAAAAUAAGAAGCCCAAAUCCCACAGCCCAUGACAGAGAUCAGGAAGAACUAUCAACAGUCAACCCUCAACAUGAUGACCCUGAAAUCUAGAGGUCUAAUCUAACAGACCACAACAAUCUCCAGUCCAUUCAAAAUGUUACACUCCCUCAGCUCCUCAGCCAAGUGUAUGAUGCAACAAGCACAAGAUGUUGUAGAGAAGUAGGUUUAAGUCCUCUUUUAUUUUAUUCUCUCAACAAGAAGCUCUGGAAUGAUGUUCUGUGGUGGUAGUCAUGGUGACUGAAUACAUGCAAAUGAUUUGCAUUGUUGUUAUGUUAAUCAUGUCACUAAUAUAGGAUACUCCAUUCAGUCAAUUUUUAAAUUACCUUAUUUUAUACAGAAUGCAGUGCAUUCGGAAAGUAUUCAGACCCCUUGACUUUUUCCACAUUUUGUUACAUUACAGCCUUAUUCUGAAAUUGAUUAAAUAAAAGUAUACUGUAUAAUGAUCACUUUAAUUGUAUUUUAAACACCUUGUUCAGCUAUUUGUUUGUAUUAAACCAUAGCUGUCAACACUUGACAGUUUUGACUUUUCUAUUUUAGGAACAUUUUAGAGAACUGAGUGACUACCACACUGUCUAACACACAUCUGUGUGGUUCAGAGACCGUCUCUAUCCAUAGGCAUUGUGGGUACUGAAUAGUGGACUGAAUGGCUGACACACAUACAGUGGGGGAAAAAAGUAUUUAGUCAGCCACCAA